UAUCGUUUCCUUAAAGCUCUUUAAAGUUUUCUCAUUAAUUUCAAUUUCAUUAAUUAAUUAUGUGUCAAAUAGGCAGACUGACGGUGCUGUACGGUAGUCAGACAUUCACGGCUCAAGAAAUAGCCGAAAGAAUAUGGCGUACGACAAAAGCUUUGGGUUUUCGCGGGCCCGUUCAAGCGAUGAACGAGUAUCCUAUUUCUAUGCUGAUUCAUGAAGAAUUUGCGAUAUUUGUGUGCGCUACGACGGGUCAAGGUGAUGAACCGGAUAAUAUGAAGAAAUUCUGGAAGUUUCUGUUGAGGAAAAAUCUACCGGCGAAUUCGUUAAUUAAAUUGAAAUUUGGAGUGUUGGGCUUAGGAGAUUCUUCAUAUUCAGAGUUCAAUUUUGUCGCUAAGAAGCUUCACAAGCGCCUCAUUCAAUUAGGAGCCAGACCUUUAAUAGAUGUUGGUUUAUGUGACUACCAGCAUGACCUGGGCCACGAUGGAGUUGUUUCCCCAUGGAUCAAAGAAUACUUCGUACGACUCAAAGAAUAUUUUCCGAGUAUACAGACAGAUGUAAAAUCAGAAUUCAUUCCUCGUUGGAAGGUCUCUAUGUUGAAGGACAAAGCUGAUGUUAAAAGUGGAUUUUGUGAAGAUAUAUAUUUUGGUCACGAAAACAGCAAUAACCAAGAAGCUUUUUUGUUGGAGGUGGAUAGUAAUGUUAGAACUACGGAUGAAUCUCAUUUUCAGGAUGUAAGAUUAAUAUCAUUCAAAUCUGUUGCUAAAAGUUUAACCUACAAACCUGGUGAUGUUUUCAAUAUAAGACCUCGGAACUCAAAGGAGGAUAUUGAUGAUCUAUUUAACAUACUUGAAAGUAACAAUAUUGAUAUUAAGCCCCAUUAUAGAUUACUAGUUGAAGAAUAUCAUGAUGAUAUGCCUGUGCCAGAGUUCCUACGUCACCCCUUGACUUUAUACGAAGUGGCCGAACAGUAUUGGGACCUGCGAUGCUACGCCACUCAGUAUGUCUUCUCCAUUCUGGCACUCGUGUCCCAGGACAAGUUAGAGAGGGACAAAUGUAUAGAGCUCAGUUCCCCUGAGGGUCAGGAGGACUGGCUGAAUUAUUGUAGGAGAACGAAGAGAACUGUUAUAGAAGUGCUGCAGGACUUCCACCGCUCGGCCGCGCGGCUCACCAUACAGACGCUGUUCGAGUUGUUCUCGAUUAUAAAGCCGCGCUCGUUCUCGAUAGCGAGCGCGUGUGGCGACGCGGCGGCGGGGCGCGGCCUGCAGCUGCUGGUGGCGGCGGUCCGGUACCGCACGGCGCUGCGCCGCCCCCGCCUCGGUCUCGCUUCCAACUGGCUGGCGGCGCUGCUCCCCGGUCACAAGGUCUACGGGUGGAUCAAAAAGGGGACCUUUGUUUUUCCUGAUGAUGCGAGCGUGCCUCACAUAAUGGUGGGGCCAGGCACGGGGCUCGCUCCCUUCAGGAGUUUGCUCCAAGAAAGGGUUCACUACGGCACAGCGUCCAAGGACAUCAUGCAUCUGUUCUUCGGGUGUCGGUACAAAGAGAAGGACUACCACUGCAGGGAAGAGUUGGAGGGGAUGGUGGGAGACGGGAACUUGAGUUUGUACUGCGCUUUUUCUAGAGACCAGGAAGAUAAGAUCUACGUCCAGCACAAGAUAUUCGAGAACCGCGAGACGAUCUGGCGACUGCUGAACAACAACGCCCACGUGUUCAUAUCCGGCAACGCCAAGAGCAUGCCGGACGACGUGCGGGAGGCGCUCGCUGACGUCAUCCGGGUGUGCUCCGGGACCAGCGCGGCCGCCAGCAGCGACGCCGUGCGCAGCCUGCAGGAGCAAGGUCGCCUCCAGGUCGAGACCUGGUGAUGCCUGGUACUCCAGCUGGGUAGCAUCGCGGACUUCACAAGGUUACCAACGACGGAUCAAAACUGAAUAAUUCACUGGAUUUUAUGUGUUGUGGUAGAGAAAGCCCGUGGUCCGCAUAUCGAGCGACAGAUGGCGUUAUAAAAAAAUUCGAUGGUAAACAUUCUCAUCCGUCGAGAAGGCAGUGUGAAUCCAUAAACCACGGUGAUCGUUCACCGUCAGGUUGGUAGUACUCUCGUCCGACCGACGCGAGUCUUCUCGUAUACUAUUCUGAUCGUUGGAGCCGCUGGGGGUCCGGGUUCGAUUCACGGUGGGACUGUAAAUUUUGUUGUUGUUGUAGAUGUAAAUUUGUUUAGAUGUAACUAUUCUUGUAGCGUAGCUGGUACUAGGAGCGCCGGAGUCAUCGAAUAUUAAAUAUUAAUGUAUUUUGACAAUAAUAUUAUAUUUGAAACCAAAAUACUUCAAAACACCUCUUUAGUUGUUUGUAUAUUUUGCGAAUUAGAUUUAGAUAGUCAAUUGCGUCACAAAUAUCGAGUUACGAUAAUUUUAUUUGUUAGAGAUAUUACUUUAGUAAUAAGUGUUAGCUUAAUGAUCCAAUUUCGACCUAUAUAUAUGACGUUUUCUGUUGUUUUGUUGUUGUUCUUUUAAUAUUAAUAUUUCCUAUAAAAUACCUGUGCUUACCUAUGAAGUUGUCAUUUCAAAAUAUUUGCCAAUUUUCGAACGAAUUUUUCUCUUCCAUUCUCUUCUAUCAGUAGUCAUUUCAACAC